AGGAGGAAGCCGUCCGAGAAAGUCCGCAUCCCCACUCAAGACAAGACGGGACGUAUUAGCCAAAGCAAAGGAGGAGAGUGAUUUCAGUUGUCUUCGAAAAGCUUCUUUACAUGGGGGGAUAAGAAAUGACAUCUACCGCGAGCGAGAGGAGGGCGUUUGCUCAUAAAAUCAACCGGACGGUGGCUGCAGAAGUCAGAAAACAAGUUUCCAGAGACUAUGGCUCUCCUCAGCUCUCCAAGAAACGAGGCGCACACCAACCUUUGCCCCUGACGGAGGUGGUUGAGCCUGUGGACUUCGAAGAGUAUGUGAGCAGUCACGCUCCGGGGGUGGAGCCCGGACCGCUCCGGCAGCUCAUGGAGUUCCCCCAGGACGACCUGGAGCUCCUCCCGCUGGACAAAGAGUGCAUUACACUGGAGCCCCCACUGCCUGAAGAGGAAGACUCUCUAGAUCCCAGAGUGAGAGAUGCCUUGGCAGUCUACACAGAUGACUGGCUCGUCAUUCAAAGGAAAUAUCAGCGCUACAGCACCACGUACAGCCCUCAGAGCUCUGAGCGGCAGAGGGAGAGGCAGCGAGGGCUGCAAAAACAGACCUUUGAGCUGGACGAGGCUGCUUCGGAGCGCCAUGACGACCAGGAUGAUGCAAAGCGCCGUUCAGUCAGCCUCGAUGAGACUCCUCGGGGAAGCUGGGCCUCCAGUAUUUUCGACUUGAAGAAUUCCUCCCCAGACGCGAUCCUGCCGUCUGUGCUGGAGCGAGCAGCCGCCGAGGACAUGGACCGCCGCAAUACUGAGGCCCGCCUGCAGGGGCGCCACAGCGACCUGCUGGGCCUCUACCCGCCCCCCGAUGAGGAUGAAGCAGUAGAGAGAUGCUCUGCCCCUGAAGUGCCUAAGGAACACUGUGGUCAGAGGAUCAUGGUUAAGUGCCUGUCUCUGAAGUUUGAAAUAGAAAUUGAGCCGAUAUUUGGAACACUUGCCCUGUAUGACGUCAAGGAAAAGAAAAAGAUCUCUGAGAAUUUCUACUUCGACCUGAACUCAGAUCAGAUGAAAGGAAUGCUUAAACCCCACACACCUCACGUAGCCAUUUCCACAAUGGCCCGUUCUGCCAUUUUCUCCAUCACCUACCCUUCGGCCGAUAUCUUCUUGGUCAUUAAGCUUGAGAAAGUCCUUCAACAAGGGGACAUUGGAGAAUGCUGUGAACCCUACAUGGUUAUGAAAGAGUCUGAUUCCUCCAAGCACAAGGAGAAGCUGGAGAAGCUGCGUCUGCAGGCAGAGCAGUCAUGUAGUCGUCUCGGCCGUUUCCGCAUGCCUUUCGCCUGGACGGCCAUUCACCUGCUCAACAUCGUCAGCAGUGUGGGGGGUCUGGAUCGCUCGGACCCUGACUCCGACUCUGAGCGAAAAGGCCACGGAACAUGGAAUGACAGAAAGAAAAAGGGGUGCGAGCGGAUGAGUGUUGGGGACGACAUGUGUAACUUUGCCACUUUCCGUCCAGCAACAUUGACCGUCACCAACUUCUUCAAACAGCUCAGUAUUGUCACUUUUAACGACAACAAGGUGAGGCGCUAA